CUUUACAAAGUAUUGGCAAUGACAGCGAAUCUCUGUUUCAGUUUCUCUCUUUUCUGCUUUAAGCGGUUUUCUGUGGCCCUGGCUUCUUCUAAGAUCUCAUCAAGUUCCUGGACGUAAGAAGAAUCCAGUGUUGUUCUUGCACUAAAGUGAAGAAAUCUGUAGUUAAAAUCAGUGCUAAUGCUGUUAACUCUCUCACUACUUUUAUGUUUUUAUUAAAAAUGGGUUGUAUAUCAAUACCCGGUUUCUGACCAAAUUAAUCCUCUGUUGUAAUAAAAAACAGUGUUUUUCUUUCAAGAUCUGUGUUUGGCAGUUUCACUGUUAAUUUCCCUAAACUGCAUCCACCCAUCCGUCUUAGCUAGACAAUUUUAAAAUUGCUGUGCAAAUAGCACAAAAUUAACUUGCCUUAUAACAUCAGCAUAUUUUGUUAACAAGUUAUUCAUUUCUUUGCUCACUUCUGUUAAGAGAGAAAAAAAAUUAUUUUAUUUAAACAUUUGGAAGAAUCUCAAUGUGAAAUUAGGUCAUUCCAUACUUAAUUUAAUACAUCACCAUUUAAAACCUUUUCCAGUGAUUCAGUCUUGGAAAGGGACUGCGAGUCCUCAGAAGGAGCCAAAUCUGUUUUGUCAGACAACUGAGGAUUUUCUGAAGCUUCAUUCUAACAAAAGAGCACAUUAGGAAAAACACAGCUUCUAAGAUUUAAAACAAACUUUGCACAGAGCUUAGCUGAGAGAAGGAAGAGGUUUAAAAAGAUCUUGGGGAUGUUUUUGGAGAAAAUGCAAGUGGGUUCACAGCAUCAUGAGCAUCUUGGGGAGUGGGUGGGAAGAUUGAGAUCUCUGUGUAUACACACAUUUAUUUAUAUAUAUAUGCACAUAUGUUGUAUAUAUACCUCAGUGAAAGCUGGUGUAUUUCAGAAGCUCACUCUUGAGAAGUUCUGCAUAAAUAUCUCCCAGUGCUUACCCAAUUUUAUUUGGCUUCAAGCCCCCAGAGAAACCAUGGUUUCUCCACACUAAAAAGUAGUUUAUGUUUCCCCAAACCUCCCUAAAGUGCCGUGGAUUUCUGCUCCUUCAGUCUAAGGGACAUGUAAUAUAGGGGGGUCCUUCCCCACACAGCACCGCUCACCUCCAUCUUUUUGCUUUUAUUUCUAUUCUUAUCUGCCUUUUGCGACUUGCUCGCCAUGGCUGCCUCAAGGAAAGCACGCGGUGUUUGCUGAGCGCUCAUGCUGGCAGCGUGUUUAAAUAAAAACGUGUAAAACCUGCAGCUGGUUCUCCUGCAAGGGCGCUCCUGGCACAACCCCUCAGAGGAGCUGGAGACGGCAGGAGAAUGGCGGGGAGUCCCGGGCCAGCCUAAAUUCGAUAUCCGAGGAGGUUUAGCCCUUCCCGGGGCUCCCCGAGCCUGAGGGCACCGAGGCGUCCAGGAGGGACCCCCGGCCCCGCGGCUUCCCCUUCACGCGGGCCCGGGGCCGGCCCGGGCCUGGAGAGGCCGCGACGGUGGGGACAAGGGAAAAGGGACAAGGGGCGAGAAACGAGCGAAAAGGGGAGAGAAACAAGAGACAAGGGACGAGAAAGAAGGCGCAAGGGACGAGAAAGAAGGGACAAGGGACGAGACACAAGGGCCAGCCGCUCCCCUCAGGGCUGGCAGCGCCUCCGGAGCCCGGGCCGGGCACGCUGACAGCACCAGGAGCGGCCCCGGCCCGGGCGGUUCAAUUAAUUAAAGCUUUAAACAACUCAUUAAUCAUUUCCUUAGAAGCCAGGUUUCACUUUCUAAGCGAAAUCCUUGGAAUGCGUUUGACGCUCGGUUUAUCUGCCUCAAAGCACGAGCCAGAAAUGAGCGCAAUCUGAGAGACCAGGCACUAAAACGAAUAAAAACACUCAAAUGAGUCAACGCUAAACACAGCACUAAAAUGAGUGAAAAUGUUGCAGACAGAUAGAGAUAUUAUAAAAGAAAGGUUUUAUAUAAUAUGGUUUAAGCCCUGCUACUCCAAAUAGCAGCUUGUAAAUUUCCAUGCAAAAACAAACUUAGUAAGGAAAAGCCAGUUAAUACAACAAACAAUUCUGGUUGCACCUAUGAGAAACAAGAGAUCUGUCCCAUCAGAAUCAGUAAAAAAAGUACGUAAAUAUCUAAAUAAGAAAGAGUUUUAGCAUGUACACACAAAACACCUUUUAACCGAUAAGAAGCAAAAAUACUACUAGCCAAAGUUGCACACAGUCUGUAAAAACUGUGUAAAAUUGAAUUAUGUAAAUAAAAAAUUAACUUUUCCUACAUGAAGAAACUAAAUCCCAGCUAAGCUGUUAGAAAAACUAAAAACACCAAAAUGUGUAAAAGCACUAAAAUCUGUAACACCACCACAACACAAGGCUGCCAAGAGCAUUUCUCUCUCUCUCUCUCUCUCUCUCUCUCCAAAGAAUAGAGAAUAAAACUGUAUUUUCCCGAGGCUGUUUCACUUCUGUAGGGGAAUUAUAUCUUUGUUCAUUACAGUGAAAUAAACCAUUGCAAGAUCUAAACUGAUAUUAAUGUUAUGCUGUAUAACGUGAUUACAUUAUGAUAUGUUGUUUUAUGAUACGUUGUUUUAUGAUAUACGACUUAAGAUAUGGUAUGUGAUGUUGUGUAGAGUUUGCCUCUGACUUGGGGUUUUUUCCCCCUUUUUUUUUAUUUUCUUUCUUUUUCUAUCUUCUGUUUUGUAGAGAGGAAAGGACUUAAAUCUCAUAUACAUAAUUCAAAUAGGAAGUUAGAAUAUCAGCAUGAGAAAUCAAACUGCUGAAAGAACAAAAAACUAAACAAUUCCUCAAAGUAGAAACAACUUUUAAUAAGCUUCCAUGGCCCACUUCAUUUAAUUAUCAGGUAUUUCAUAGGUAAUUAUGUUAUUAGCCUGACUGUCUAAACAUUAAGAAACAGAGAUGACAACAUAUUAGGAAAAUGUUCUUAAGAUGUUUACUUAAUUGUGUCAUGGUAAAAGGUUUUGUUAACAGACCUUUUACCAGAAGUAAAACAAACAUCUGAAUUUUAAUUUCCAUUAUCUUAUGGAUAUGAUAGUUUAUGAAUAAAACUCAGACUAAAAAUAACAUUAAAAGAAAAUUAUCUAAGGGGAGAGAGUUCGUUCUUACUGGAGUUCCAGUUCCUUUAAAAUUGGAGCGAAAUUAUCUAAGCCAUUACUUUAAAAGUAGUCGCAGUUGCUCUAAGAUUGGAGAUAUUAAAUUCCAGGAGAAAUUAAAGUUUAAACUGUACCACAAAAGCUAUUGUAUGAGUUAGAUCCAGUCCUGAAAAAUGCAAAUAUGUGCACAAAAGAGAAGGAAAUGCCUUUUAUUCUAUGUCAUUAAUGAACUAAGGCUCUCAAAGGCUGUCACGAAAGACCAAGUCCUCCUUCCUGAUACCUUUGUAUGGAAUAUCAAUAGGCCAAAAAUAUUAGUGCCAAUAGAAGGCACAUGAACAGCUGAGAGAAUGUCUUGGGGACUUGUGUUUGAUGUGGGGAUCUGGGGUGUUUUUAUCAUCCACACAACUCGGGGCUCUUCAAUUUCAAUAGAUACAGCAAAGCCAGGCACGGAGAUGGAACAAAUUAGGAAAUUAUUCACUCCCAAACUCGCUGCCCUGGUUUUUAGGGCCUGCCCCAGCACUGCGGUUCCAGCGUUUGCUGCUUUCAACAUUCCCCAAAGGCAGUGCAGGCUUUUCCUCCACCCGUGCCAGCACUGCUGCACUAAUGGCUGGGACAAUCCUCAUCCCACUGCUGCACUAAUGCCUGGGACAUUCCUCACCCCAUUGCUGCACUAAGGGCUGGAACGGGACAUUCCUCAUCCCACUGCUGCACUAAGGGCUGGGACAUUCCUCAUCCCAUUGCUGCACUAAGGGCUGGAACGGGACAUUCCUCAUCCCACUGCUGCACUAAGGGCUGGAACGGGACAUUCCUCAUCCCAUUGCUGCACUAAGGGCUGGAACAGGACAUUCCUCACCCCAUUGCUGCACUAAUAGCACGGGACAUUCCUCACCCCAUUGCUGCACUAAUAGCACGGGACAUUCCUCACCCCAUUGCUGCACUAAUAGCACGGGACAUUCCUCACCCCAUUGCUGCACUAAUAGCACGGGACAUUCCUCACCCGUGCCAGCUCUGCUGGGCACUGCUGUCACCGGCAGUAGGGCACCAGCAUCGCGGUGGUUUCCAUCCCAAAGCCUUUCCCGCAGGCAGCCAGCAAGGGGAAGCCGGACGGGCACGGGCAGAAGCUGCCUCAAAGCUGCCGUGAAGGGGCGGCCGGAGCAGGAGCUCAGCGACACCCGAGCGCUACAAAGCCACCCUCGGAAGGCCAGAUUUGCAUAGGCGCUGGCUCCCGCAGCGAGGAGGGGAAAUGCCGUGCGAGAAAGGCGGACGUAGCCACAGACCUCGGGAAAGCCUCCUGACCUCGGCAGCCACUAUAAAACCCCUCCCUGCAGCGCUCGCUUCCCUCCCGUGCCUCAGUGGCCCGGGGUGGGGCAUCCCCGGCGGCGGGGCACCCACCGGGGGUGGCCUUGCCACAGCCCCGGCCCUGAGCCGGCAGCUCUGCAGUUGCGCUUCUCGCGGCUACCAUCGCCCGGCUGCGGCUCCCGAGGAGCCAGAAGGGACCCCGGGAUCCAGAAAGGACCCCCGAGAUCCAGAAAGGACCCCCGAGAUUCAGAAAGGAUCCCCGAGAGCCAGAAAGGACCACCGAGAGCCACCUCUGCUCCCGCCCCGCAUCCCUGCGGCUUUCUCAGGGUGAGUCAUUCCACGGCCGACAGUCAGAAACUCCUUUGAGCUUCUGCUGUUCCUUUCGAACGCCCCUGGUAAAAGUCUAAAUAAUCAUCUUUUACUGCUUGAUGAUCCUGGAGGUCUUUUCCAACCUUUUUGAUUCUAUGAUAAACAAUCAUUUUGUUUUACCCAUCAAACCAAGGGCCACUUUUUUCUUUAAUCCUCUGUAGAAAGUCCUGCCUGUGCUUGCCCCUGGACUUUAGAAUUGCAGAGGACUCUGUGAUGAAUGCACUAAGGAUUACAUUGUUGGGUGUUGUGCUAUCUCGUUUCCAUGGCCUGGAUGUGCACACUUGCAAAGACGCUGCUGGGAGCCUGCUGUCCCUUCUGCACAGCCACAACUAGAUAAAAACCACCAAAUAAAAAGAGAAAAAAGUCACUGUCAAAUACAUGAUUUGGGUGAGGAAAACCACAGUGAUUCCCGACCCUAAUCCCUCUGGGGGUGUGUGGCUACUUUCAUUGAUAUCACCCAGUUUUGUAAAAAAAUUCAUUUUCAACUGGUGAAAAAGCUUUGGAGUGAGCUGCAUAUUUUGAUUGCACAAUCAAAUCCCAGUGAAGGAGCCAUUUUUGGAGUGAUGAUCUCCCCAUUAUUCAUCUGGUUUUAAGACAUUUAUUAUCUUGAGUGCAAGAUAAUAAAUGAUGAUGACCUUUUUAGGGGCAGUCAGAAUGGGUUCUAACUUUUGGUCAUUUUGGAAGCUCAUGCUUUUCUAGGGGGAACCUGGUAAGAUCAGUCUGUGCAGACUUAACUUGCACCCCUUUAUGGGAUAAAAAGCAUGGAGCUUAACUCUGAUUCCUCUCCUUGUGCUGUGGGCAGGGUGAAGAUGAGUGCUGAGGAGAUUCUGAUGUGUGCGGUAGAACUUGGAAAAAAUUUCUGCCUCUAUUUUGACGACGACGAUGAGCUGGAGUGUGAUGCCCUCUGCAAGGAAAAGACCCUGCACCGAGUGCUGAGGAAUGUGAAGAGCCAGCUGCUCGUGGUGCGCCCAGACCUGAACGUGGCAGCCUUUGAGGAUGUGACAGACCAGGAGAUGCAAUCUGGCAAAGGGAUGCAUUUCAGCAUUCACUGCUACAAAACCACCACACCCUUAGCAGGGAUGCCCGUGGCCUUCAGUGUCCAAGUGGAAGACAAAAGUUAUUACAUGUGUUGUGAGAGGGAAUGUGGAGAAAUGAUCGUUAGAUUCAAGGAAGGAGAAGUUCCCAAAGAAAUUCCUGGUGAAAGCAACAUCAUCUUUUUCAAAAGGACAUUUACAUCUUGCUGCUCCAAAGCAUUUAAGUUUGAAUACUCAAUGGAACAAGGAAUGUUCUUGGCCUUUGAGGAGGAAGGCUACUUGAGAAAAUUAAUCCUAAAGAAACUGUCAAAAGAUGAAGUGGAUGAAACCAUGAAGAUGAGUUUAUCUAAGUUCAGUCAAAAUGAAAAUCACAACCUAUGAUGGAACACUUCAACAUUUUUAAAAUACAGUUUGUUUUUUUAUAAAAGAAACUUUAGUCUUUCUUUAUCCAAAACAAGUCAGUUUUAUAUUUUAACUACUCUCAGUAUUUAAUAAAAAAAUAAAUGCAAAUUCUUGGCAAAAAGCAGAAGAAUGUUUUCCAGUCAGGCAGAAGAGAAUUACUGAAGAAACAAGAAUGUGCAUGUCUAUGUAGAAUUUGAUCCCAAAAAUCUUUAAUGCCUGUUGACCAAACAGCUUUUGAAUUAGGUCUGGACUUUUACAUUCCCAAUACUCUCAGAUUUCUCAUCCAAAUAGCUUAAACACCACAUCCAGCUGCAUCCUGUGUGAGGAAACCUCAGACACUUUCCAUGAGAGACCCUCAGCUUGCUCACAGGGACUUUCCCAUGACUCAUCAUCUGCACCCUCCUCCUCCCUGCCACAAAAUAACAAAUGUUGCCAUUUAAACCAGACCACAGCCCUGUUCUCACCACAACACAAAUAAAACAAUUGGCCAGCUACCUGCUUUUGCUAAUAAAUAAAAUUUCCAAUACAUAUUAAAAAAAAAAAUUUAAAAUUUAAAAAAAAAAUAAUCAGAAAGUCUUGUAGACUCCAAACCGUGACUAGGUCGUUCUGUUCGUUGCAUAAUCCCUGAUGGUAGCACAAAUCCUCUUCCUCACACUAUUAAUAGUGCCACAAAAGUACUGUGAGAAUGUGAAAGUCAGGAUGAAGCAGAAAAUUAAAAACCACAAUCUCAGUUCCCCCCUAAAAAAUCCCUAAAAGAACAGAACACUCUCUCAGCCUCCUCUUGGUUGUGUUUUCUCACAUGGGACAACACAGAGCAGAGUAUUUAGAAAAUAAACCUCAAAAAAAGUGUUGCAGAUGAACAUAAAAACCUUGGAAGUUGAAUGUUCCUAAAGUCAAUCUGCAAAAGUAUUUUUAUUCUAUGCCAAUCCUUGUUGUAUUUUCUCAGGGACAUUAAUUAUUCUUGUAUUAAGUCAAGUCUAAGUCACCUCUAAGUAUUGACUGAUACAAAUAUUUUUUGUUUUAUGAAGUAAGGCAGAGCAGACUUAUCUGCAGAGAAAAUAUUUUAGGCCAGCCAAAAGCAGUAAAAAUGGUUCAGAAGCACACACAGAAUUUCUGUAAAUUCUUUAUUGCAUGGAUUAAGAAAAAAAAGUAUUCCCUUCUCUACAUCAACUCCCCAGGUCCAAAGAGUUACAGGGUCUGCCAUACACACUGAUGUCAGAAGCAGUUCAGUUUUCCACAAUCUAAGCUUGUUUUACAGAAUAGCAAACCAACCAACAGUUAGAAAAACACUCAUUAAAGCUGGUUUUACAAGGAGGGUUCCCUUUAGCUACACAAGUCUGCCACUGAUGCAAUUAAUUCA